AUGGUUUCAUUUUUUAAGACUCCAAUCAUUAUUUUUAUUUUCCUUUUAUGUUUAAAUGAAAAGGUAUUCUGUUCAAUAAAUGAAAAUGAAAAUUUAGACGAAAAUAUAAACAAAAAUGCAAAUGUAAACACAACUGAAAAUUUAAAUAAACUUCUAAAUGAGUAUGACAAUAUUGAACAGUUAAAAUCCAUGAUUGGAAAUGAUGAACUACAUAAAAAUUUAACAAUAUUAGAAAAAUUAAUUUUAGAAUCAUUAGAAAAAGAUAAAUUAAAAUAUCCUCUCCUUAAACAACAAACUGAACAAUUUUUAGAUAUAUCGAAAUUUAAAAAAAAAAAUAUUACAGAUGCGGAUGAUGAAACGUACAUCAUACCAACCGUCCAAUCAACAUUUCACGAUAUUGUAAAAUACGAACAUCUUAUAAAAAAACAAUUAAUAGAAGUUUAUAAUUCUGAUAUUUCAGAUAUAAUUAAGAAAAAAAUAUUUAUUGUAAGAACAUUAAAAACAAUUAAAUUAAUGCUUAUACCAUUAAAUUCGUACAAACAAAAUAAUGAUUUGAAAUCUGCGCUCGAAGAAUUAAAUAAUGUAUUUACAGCCAAAGAAGAUCAAGAGAAAAAAACUAGUCCAAUAGGCGAUCCUGUUACAUUUUUUAGAAAUUUAUUAUUUCGUGUUUAUGAUAUUCAACAGUCACAUGAAGUAGAAAAUAAAUCUGAUGCACUUAUACUAGGAGAUAAUAAAAUAGAUGUAAUGAAUUCAAACGAUUUCUUUUUUACAACCAACUCAAAUGUAAAAUUUAUGGAAAAUUUAGAUGAUAUAACAAAUCAAUAUGGAUUAGGUUUGAUUAAUCAUCUAGGUCCUCAUUUAAUAGCAUUGGGUCAUUUUACCGUAUUAAAAUUAGCACUAAAAAAUUACAAAAAUUAUUUUGAAGCAAAAAAUAUAAAAUUUUUUAGUUGGCAAAAAAUUUUAGAGUUCUCCAUGUCUGAUAGAUUUAAGGUUCUUGAUAUGAUGUGUGACCAUGAAUCUGUAUAUUAUUCUGAAAAAAAACGUAGAAAGACAUAUUUAAAAGUUGACAGAUCAAAUACAUCUAUGGAAUGUAAUAUAUUGGAAUAUCUAUUACAUUAUUUUAAUAAAUACCAACUAGAAAUAAUUAAAACUACACAAGAUACUGAUUUUGACUUACAUGGUAUGAUGGAACAUAAAUAUAUAAAAGAUUAUUUCUUUUCAUUUAUGUGUAAUGACCCUAAAGAAUGUAUUAUUUAUCAUACAAAUCAAUUUAAAAAAGAAGCCAACGAAGAAAACACAUUUCCUGAACAAGAAGAACCUAAUCGUGAAAUAAGUGCAUAUAAUUUAUAUUUAAAUUAUUAUUAUUUCAUGAAACGUUAUAGUUCAUAUGGAGUAAAAAAGACAUUAUAUGUUCAUUUAUUAAAUUUAACUGGACUUUUAAAUUAUGAUACAAGAGCAUACGUGACAUCCCUUUAUUUACCUGGAUAUUACAACGCUGUCGAAAUGUCUUUUACGGACGAUAAAGAGUUUGCCACACUUUUUGAAAGCUUAAUACAAUGUAUUGAAAAAUGCCAUUCAGACCAAACAAGGCAAAUAUCAAAAGAUAGUAAUUUACUUAAUGAUAUAACAAAAUGUGAUUUGUGUAAAGGAGCUUUCUUAUAUUCUAACAUGAAAUUCGAUGAAGUUCCUUCCAUGUUGCAAAAAUUUUACGUAUAUUUAACUAAAGGUCUCAAAAUACAAAAAGUAUCAUCACUAAUCAAAACGCUAGAUAUAUAUCAAGAUUAUAGUAAUUUUUUAUCACAUGAUAUUAAUUGGUACACAUUCCUAUUUUUAUUUAGACUUACAAGUUUUAAAGAAAUUGCAAACAAAAAUGUUGCUGAAGCAAUGUAUUUAAAUAUAAAAGAUGAAGAUACAUUCAACAAAACGGUAGUAACAAACUAUUGGUACCCUUCACCUAUAAAAAAAUAUUAUACGUUAUAUGUUAGAAAACACAUACCAAAUAAUUUAGUAGAUGAAUUGGAAAAAUUAAUGAAAAGUGGCACUUUAGAAAAAAUGAAGAAAUCUCUCACAUUUUUAGUACAUGUGAAUUCAUUUUUACAACUAGAUUUUUUUCAUCAAUUAAAUGAACCACCUCUAGGAUUACCUAGAUCAUAUCCUUUAUCUUUAGUUCUUGAACAUAAAUUUAAAGAAUGGAUGGAUAGUUCUCCAGCAGGUUUUUAUUUUUCAAAUUAUCAAAAUCCAUAUAUCAGAAAAGAUUUACAUGAUAAAGUUUUAUCACAAAAAUUCGAACCACCUAAAAUGAAUCAGUGGAACAAAGUUUUGAAAUCGUUAAUUGAAUGCGCAUAUGAUAUGUAUUUUGAACAGAGACAUGUUAAAAAUUUAUAUAAAUAUCAUAAUAUUUAUAAUAUAAAUAACAAAUUAAUGUUAAUGCGAGAUUCAAUGGAUUUAUAUAAAAACCAUUUUGACGACGUAUUAUUUUUUGCUGAUAUAUUUAAUAUGAGAAAAUAUAUGACUGCCACACCAGUAUAUAAAAAGGUAAAAGACAGAGUGUACCAUACUUUGCAUAGUAUUAUGGGAAAUUCAGUAAAUUUUUAUAAAUAUGGUAUUAUAUAUGGAUUUAAAGUAAACAAAGAAAUAUUGAAAGAAGUUGUCGAUGAAUUGUAUUCCAUCUAUAAUUUUAACACAGAUAUAUUUACGGAUACUUCCUUUUUACAAACGGUUUAUUUAUUAUUUAGAAGAAUAGAAGAAACGUACAGGACCCAAAGAAGAGAUGACAGAAUAAGUGUUAAUAAUGUAUUUUUCAUGAAUGUUGCAAAUAAUUAUUCCAAAUUAAACAAAGAGGAAAGAGAAAUCGAAAUACAUAAUUCUAUGGCAUCACGAUAUUAUGCAAAAACCAUGUUUGCAGCAUUUCAAAUGUUAUUUUCAACAAUGUUGAGCAACAAUGUAAAUAAUCUUGAUAAAGCAUAUGGAUUAAGUGAAAAUAUCCAAGUAGCAACAAGUACUUCCGCUUUUCUUACUUUCGCAUAUGUAUAUAACGGAAGUAUUAUGGAUAGUAUGACUAACAGUUUAUUACCACCAUAUGCGAAAAAACCAAUAACACAGUUAAAAUAUGGAAAAACGUUCGUUUUCUCAAAUUAUUUCAUGCUAGCAUCCAAAAUGUAUGAUAUGUUAAAUUAUAAAAAUUUAAGUCUUUUAUGUGAAUAUCAAGCUGUGGCUAGUGCAAAUUUCUACUCUGCAAAGAAAGUAGGUCAGUUUAUGGGGAGAAAAUUUUUACCUAUAACUACGUAUUUUCUAAUAAUGAGAAUUAGUUGGACACAUGCUUUUACAACUGGAAGUCAUUUAAUUAACUAUUUUGAUCCCGCAAAUUCGGAUACUACUACUCCUAGUCAACCUGUUGAAGGAACAUCUGGUCCUACUGGAGGUAGUCAAACUACUGAUGGUAAUCCAUGUCCUAAUUAUAAAUCUCCUCAAAGUUUUUUUUACGGGUGGCCUCCUAGUUCAGAAAUAUAUUUGUUCUUUUAUUUUUUCACGAAUUUAUACCUUGAUGCCUACAAAUCUUUUCCUGGAGGAUUUGGUCCUGCAAUAAAAGAACAAACUCAACAUGUUCAAGAACAAUCCUACGAACGCAAACCAUCAGUUCAUAGUUUUAAUAGAAAUUUUUUCAUGGAAUUGACUAACGGAUUCAUGUAUGCUUUUUGUUUUUUUGCCAUUUCACAAAUGUACGCAUAUUUUGAAAAUAUUAAUUUUUAUAUUACAAGUAAUUUCCGUUUCUUGGAUAGAUAUUAUGGUGUAUUCAAUAAAUAUUUUAUAAACUAUGCAAGAACUAAACUUAAAGAAAUUACAAGUGAUAUUUUAAUAAAAUACGAACGUGAGGCUUAUUUAAGUAUGAAAAAAUAUGGUUAUUUAGGUGAAGUUAUUGCAGCUAGACUUUCGCCUAAAGAUAAAAUAAUGAAUUAUUUGCACCAAACUAACGAAGAUGCCAUGAGUAAUUUAAGAAGAUAUGAUAUGGAAAAUGCUUUCAAAAACAAAAUGGUUACUUAUGUCGAUGAUUUUGCUUUUUUUGAUGAUUGUGGAAAAAAUGAACAAUUCUUAAAUGAGAGAUGUGAUUACUGUCCUGUAAUUGAAGAGGUGGACGAAACACAAUUAUUUACUACCACUGGUGAUAAAAACACUAAUGAGACCACGGAAAUAAAAAAUCAAACUAGUACAUAUAUUGAUACUGAAAAAAUGAAUGAAGGGGAUUCGGUAGAUAGCGACGACGAUGAAAAGGAUUUCGAUGUUCCUGAUGAUGAAUUAAUGAUAGCACGAUUUCACUAA